AAUAGCUCCUCUAGCCACCAGAAGAACGUUAUCUCUUUCCAGGUGUCUCUCGCUCUCUCCCUCCUUCUCAGUCACACACGCAUUUCGAUCCAUGUUCAUAGCCCCCAAUACCCACCACCACCACCGCCACCGCCCAUGUCCGCCAUCUUCUCCGACCACCGCCCACAAACGCUCGACCUCUCUCUCACCCGCCAAAUUCAAAUCCCUCAUCCGGAUCACGAACACCGUCACCACCCCGGACGACGCCGAUGGCAACGAAACCGCCGCAUCGAACCAGCCAACACCCUCGUCGGCGGGCAGGAUCAAGCAGCUGGUGCUGUCCCCAGAAUCCCGGACUAAGCUCAACGCCCUGCCGGACCGCGACUUCUACUCGUUCCCGCGCUUCGUGAAGCACGUGGACGACGGCUUCCUCGCCACGUUGACGGACCUCUACAGGGACCGGGUGAGGCCCGGAUCGGAGGUGCUGGACCUGAUGAGCUCGUGGGUGAGCCACCUGCCGGAAGAGGUGCGGUACAAGAGGGUGGUGGGCCACGGCAUGAACGCGCAGGAGCUCGCGAGGAACCCGCGCUUGGACUACUUCUUCGUCAAGGACCUGAAUCGCGAGCCGAGGCUCGAGCUGGCGAGCGGGAGCUUCGACGCGGUGCUGUGCACGGUCAGCGUGCAGUAUCUCCAGCAGCCCGAGGAGGUAUUUGCGGAGGUGUUUCGGGCGCUUAGGCCUGGCGGCGUAUUCAUCGUGAGCUUCAGCAACAGGCUGUUCUACGAAAAAGCGAUCACGGCAUGGCGAGACGGGACCGGGUACGGCCGAGUGCAGCUGGUGGUGCAAUACUUCCAGUGCAUCGAAGGGUUCACGGAGCCUGAGAUAAUCCGCAAGCUGCCCGGCUCUUCCGCCGCUCGGGAAGGCAAAUCGCCUCUCGAUUGGAUCUUCAGGUUAUUGGGAUUGCUUAGCGGGCCGGAUCCUUUCUACGCUGUGAUUGCCCACAAGAACUUCAAACCUGUAUAUGAAUGAGCAGAUCAGCCGACCCCCCCAGAACGAAUAAGAAAACGUCCGUGAACCAAUGCGUUGGGUUGAAUUGUCCAUUACUCUUCCUGCAUGAACUUCUAGGUCGAAUCAGGGAUGUCGCUGUAACAGAGUAGAUCAAGCAAAGAAUUUUUCACUUUCGAUUCUUGUCGUUCAAAGAAUGAUUCCUUGUAGAGUACUACAUUCGUCAUGCACGAGAGAAUUCCAAAA